AUGUCGUCGGAAGUCUUAGCGGAAGAAUAUGAAGUCUUGUCUUCUAUUUACCCAGACGAGCUGGAAAAGGUUGCAGAGGAUGAGUUGAAGAUUCGCGUCGAGCCGGCUGAGCAGCCCCCAAGCUCGGAAGACCAGAGCAAGUCCGAGAAGUUAUGCUUGUUUACAGCUCAGGAAGUACAGCUCACGCUGUUCGUAAAGUAUCCUCCCGAAUACCCUGACAAGGUUCCAGGGCUGGCUAUCCAUUCCUCGAGAGGGUCACUGAGCCGGGACGAGGAAAAAAUGUUGCUGAACACCCUUCAUGAAAUGGGUGAAGAAAGUCUGGGGAUGGCUAUGGUCUUCACACUCGUCUCGCAGUUACAAGAGUCUCUUGGCAAGUUGAUAAGUGAAAGGGAAGAAUUACGCAAAAUAGAGGCUGCUGAAAAAGCCCGUCGCGAGCUCGAGGCAGAAACUGCUCGCACUAGAGGGACACCAGUAACUUCUUCUACAUUUUCUGAGUGGAAGAAACGUUUUGAUAAGGAGCUCGCCGCCAAAGUCGCAGCAGAAGACGAAGAACGUAUCAAAGCGAUACCGCCGAAAGAAAGGGAGGAAUACAAGAGAAAUAAGCUAAAACCUACAGGGCGACAGUUGUUCGAGAAAGAUCGCAACUUUGGCGCUGACGACGAGGAGGGCGAAGAAGGAGCCGUAUCCGUGGACAUUAGUCAGUACGAGCGAAACACAGCGCAUGACGAAGUCGAGGAAGUCGAGGAUCGGAUCCAUUUUAGUGACAGCGAUUAA